CGGGGCGCGCGGCCCUAGCGGGCGCGCGGGGGCGGCGGGCGCGGCGCUGCCAAUCGCAGACAAAGGCCGCCCCAGUGAAUCAUGUGGUGCCGGGGGAGGAAGUGCGGCUUGUUUUCUUUCCUCCAGUCGCCGGGCUCCGGGUGGAGUGUGAUGCGUGGAGACCCCCGCGGGGGCGGCGGCUGCCGCGAGUCCCGAUGAGGCCCGAGCGCUCCCGGCCGCGCCGCAGCGCCCCCGGACAGAUGGAGGCUCCGCCGUGGGACCCCCUGCGCAACGACUCGCUGCCCCCUACGCUGACCCCCGCCGUGCCCCCUUACGUGAAGCUCGGCCUCACCAUCGUCUACACCGUGUUCUACUCGCUGCUCUUCGUGUUCAUCUACGUGCAGCUCUGGCUGGUUUUGCGCUACCGCCACAAGCGGCUCAGCUACCAGAGUGUCUUCCUCUUUCUCUGCCUCUUCUGGGCCUCUCUGAGGACGGUCCUCUUCUCCUUCUACUUCAAAGACUUCGUGGCGGCCAACGCGCUCAGCCCCUUCGUAUUCUGGCUGCUCUAUUGCUUCCCCGUGUGCCUCCAGUUCUUCACCCUCACGCUGAUGAACUUGUAUUUCACGCAGGUGAUUUUUAAAGCCAAGUCAAAAUAUUCUCCAGAAUUACUCAAAUACCGGUUGCCCCUGUAUCUGGCCUCACUCUUCAUCAGCCUCAUUUUCCUCCUGGUGAAUUUAACCUGCGCGGUGUUGGUGAAGACAGGAAGCUGGGAGAGGAAGGUCAUCGUCUCCGUGCGCGUGGCCAUUAACGACACGCUCUUCGUGCUCUGCGCUGUCUCCCUGUCCAUCUGUCUCUACAAAAUCUCCAAGAUGUCCUUAGCCAACAUUUACUUGGAGUCCAAGGGCUCCUCCGUGUGUCAGGUGACUGCCGUUGGUGUGACCGUCAUCCUGCUCUACACCUCCCGAGCCUGCUACAACCUGUUCAUCCUCUCCUUCUCCCAGAGCAAGAAUGUCCAUUCCUUUGAUUACGACUGGUACAACGUGUCAGACCAGGCAGAUCUGAAGAAUCAGCUGGGAGAUGCUGGAUACGUGGUGUUUGGCGUGGUCCUUUUUGUGUGGGAACUCUUACCUACCACCCUCGUCGUUUACUUCUUCCGAGUCAGAAAUCCUACGAAGGACCUUACCAACCCUGGAAUGGUCCCCAGCCAUGGAUUCGGCCCCAGAUCUUACUUCUUUGACAACCCUCGAAGAUACGACAGUGAUGAUGACCUUGCCUGGAACAUCGCUCCUCAGGGACUUCAGGGAAGUUUUGCUCCAGACUACUAUGAUUGGGGACGACAGACUAACAGCUUCCUGGCACAAGUAGGAACUUUACAACCAGACUCAGCUUUGGAUCUUGACAAACCAAGCCAUGGGUAGCAUCAGUUAAAAGUUUAAUGGAAGAUUCCUCAGUUGAAAAGCUUCAGAGAGACUAACUUAAUGACAGCUGAAUUUUUAGGGCACAUCUCCUUAAGAAAAAGGACUUAUUUUUUGUUACAGGUUUCUGAUGGCUACAUUGAACUAAGCAAUAAUUUUAGAUUGAGAAAACCUUAUUUUAGUACUAAAAAGUGAGCCUGGCUGCCUACUUCAGUGAGUGUAACUUAAAACUUUAAAAAAAAAUUCUGUACUUUUAUAAAGAUGUAUUUUAUAUAACUUAAUAAUGCUAAAAUAUACUAGGUUUUUUUUUUUUUGAGAAUGUCAUUGCAAUAUAUGUUGUAGUUUGCACAGACUUUUAUGCAUAAUUCACUUUAAAAGUAAUCAAUAUGUGGUCUGAUGGUAUUUUAAGGCUUUUGGACUAUAAAGUAUUCCUCAAAUCCUUACCUCUUCAGGUCACUCCGAUUCUGAGCUCCAUCGUGUACUUAGAUUCUAAGUACAGCUGACAUCCAGAAAGACAAUUGCAACUCCACUGCGGAAAGUUAUGAUGUAGUAGGACGUCAGCAGACUACAUAGCAGAUAAUUGGCUCUGUAGAGUUGUUUAAAGCCCAGGUGGGUGGCCCCUCAAAGAAGCUCCUCAAUUUUGCCAAAAUUUAGUACUCCUUUCAACAGGGAGUUAAUAUUUACCCUUCGGUGUUGAGACUGUUAGAAAACAUUGAUAGGACUGACUCACACUAUUAAACCUCUUCUGCUAUAUUCAGAGAUUUUUGCAUAGUUUGUUCACCCAGUGACAUUUAAUAGCCAGUAUUACCUCAGGACUUCAGCAAGACUACGCACCUCUCUCCAGCUCACUGAACACUCAUUACUGAACAAGGAAGAGGUUCUCAAAAGAGGGUUAAUAACAUUUACCUCUGGGUCCUUGAGCCAAAAGCCUAUGUAGAAUCCUAACAGCUUUCUUAUCGUUUCCAACCAUAUUUAAAAUAAUACCCUUUAUUCUUAAAUAGUUCUGAAAGCAGCCAGUUGGAAGCUGUGUAUUUAAAAUGGUAGUAGCCUUGCAAUAUUCUCUAGUACGAUUCCUGCCUUUUAACCAUGCAAAAAGGGCAUGUUCCAGACAAUUGCUUAUGUAACUUUUCAUGUAAGUGAAACACAUGUCGUGACAUACUGGUUCCCCAACCGUAAGUGCCAUCCUAAAAAUCUCCAAGAUUACAUAUAUAAAACAAUUGUAAAACUGCCUAUACUCAGAAACUGUACGUGGCUCUGUGAGGAAGGUUAAAUGCUCUGAUUGUCUAUAAAACAGAGAUAAGGUACUAGAGGAAGUACUAUUACAGGAGGGGAAGCAUCCUCUCUGCCCAGGAAACCUCACAUCUCAGAAGAGGCAGGUGAAAAGGAAUUUAGGUUACUAAGUUCUGCCCUGACGAUGAAACCCAUUUCAGACGCCUUACUUCCCAGUUUGGUCUUCAGGACUGACAUCUCUGAGUGUUGAUUUCACAGUGAUCAAGUCUGCUUCUCUCUCUAAGAAGAAAUUUUUAAGAAAGUUCCCAUUGCGGCUCAGUGGUAACAAACCCAACUAGUAUCCAUGAGUAUGCGGGAUCCAUCCCUGGCCUUGCUCAGUGGGUUAAGGAUCCGGCACUGCUGUGAGCUGUGGUGUAGGUUGCAAAUGUGGCUCAGAUCUGGCAUGGCUGUGGCUGUGGUAAGCCUGCAGCUGCAGCUCUGAUUCAACCCCUAGCCUGGGAACUUCUGUAUGCCAUGGGUGCAGCCCUAAAAAAAUUAUUAUAGUUGAUUUACCAUAAAAAAAAAAAAGACAACCCAUGGAGUAGAUGCUUCUCUCAUCUUGAUGGUGGUUGAAAUCAGGAACUAAGUUUUAAGCAGGUCAUGAGGGGGUUUUUUUCAUGUGCAUGCACACCUUUAAUCUACGUAAUCACCCAAAACAACACUCUUGCCUUUUAGUAUGUGGAAGAAUUUGGGUCACAUGUUUAAAAUAGUUACUGCCACAAAAAAUUCUCAUUGAGGCAACAUUUGCACUGAUUAUUCAGGUUGCCUUAAAAUAUGAUAAGCUGUUACUCUAAAUAGCUUUGAGAACACCCUACUUGUCACACUGUCUUUGUUACUAAUACUUAGAAGAAUUUAAAGGCAGACUCAGCGAAUGCUUAAAAAUCCUUUAAAUCAUGUUUUCAGGAAGUGGAGUUAAUAUUAGAUCACUAAAGGGUAGAUAGAGUUUUCAAAACAUCACUAAAAUCAUGCAAUUAUUAUACUCAUCCUAUGACAUACACAGACUUUUAUCAUUCUGUUAUUAUUGGUGGGAAAAUUGAAAUACUUAGCAUUAACUGAUAAAAGCCAUAAUCUAUUCUUAUGAUAAAGCUGCUAGUAUUUAUUUGAACUAUUUUUUAUCAGAAAGGAUAAAAAUGCUCUACGUGCCUAUUUUGAAUGUCUUCCCUUUUUAAAAAGUCAUGUCAAAGCACAAGUAUUGUAAACAAAUCUAGAAUAUAUAAAAAAAAUGAUUGUGACAAGCUAUCUUUCAUAGUAAACAAUCACAUAUACUCUGAAUUGUUAUACCAGUGGUAUGGAAAGGACAAUUAAAAUUUCCUUUAGCUUCCUCAUUUAUUUGCCAGGUACACUAACAAAACUACUCCUAGGUGAAAUAUUAAAGGCCAGGAGAAGGCAAGGAAUGGUGAUUACUGGUUCUAAAGUACCAAAUAUCCUCUUGUUUUAAGGCAACAUGGUGAAAUAAAAAACUCCCAUAAUGUGAAAGAAAAGUUAUGGGGAAGAGGCAGCAUCACUGAAAGUUUUAUACCAUCAUCAUCAGGCUAAGUCUGAUUCAACACUAAAAGGCUGUGUGUGAAUGUUUCUGUGCGUCCCUGGGAAAUAUGCGUGAAAAAUAGAUGUCCACUUCUGGAGUUAACUGUCUAAAAACUUCUGUUUUGUGUACAGUUACACCUUGGAGAUACUGCAGGUUCAGUUCUAGACUGCCACAAUAAAGCAAAAUGUUGUAGUAAAGUGAA